AAUGUUUUCACCACUGUGAUCAAAAAUGAAUGUUCAUUUGAUCACUGUCAGUGUACAUCAAUGCCACAUAUCAGUGCCCAUCUGAGCUGCCUUUCAAUGUCACCCAUCAGUGCCAGUCAGUGCCACCUAUCAGUGCUGCCAAUCAGUGCCACCUAUCAGUGCUGCCAAUCAGUGCCACCUAUCAGUGCCAGUCAGUGUCGCCUAUCAGUGCGCAUCAAUGCCGCCUAUCAGUGCCAGUCAGUGCCGCCUAUCAGUGCCAGUCAGUGCUGCCUAAUAAUGCCAGUCAGUGCUGCCUAACAGUGCCAGUCAAUGCUGCCUAUCAGUGAUUUAUAUCAGUG